GCCUUCCUCCCCCCCCCGCAGUAUUCCUCAGCACAAAGCGACCCCACAGCCCUGCAGCAGCAGCAGCAGCCCUAUUACCAGUGGUACCAACCCUACAGCUACUCCUACCCCUACAACUACUACUACCCCAUGAAUGUGUAUUCGGGGUACGGCACUGCAGCCCCAUAUGGCACCACAGGCACUUAUGGGGCCGCCCCCCAGCAGCCCCCCACCCCUGGGCAGCAAAGCGGCCUCAGCCAGCAGCCUCCCGUCCCCGGUCUGGAUGACGCCGCACCCUACAACAGCCCCCAGCCCCAAAUGCCCCCCACCACCGCCCCUCCCCAGCCCCCCCAGCCCCAUCCCAUGAGCACGGGGGGGGCUCAGCCCCAAGGAGGUGGGGGGGGCCCUCCUCAGCCCAGCCCCACUGCUGCGUACCCCCCCCAUUCCUACACCGAGAGCCCCGGCCCCAAACCCAAGAAGGGGCAGCAGCUGUGGAACAGAAUGAAGCAAGCCCCCGGGGCGGGCGGCCUGAAGUUCAGCCUCCCGAAGCGACCCUUUGUCUUAACGAACCCGACCUUUAACGAGCAGCACAGCACCGAGAAGCACCACAGCAAGCCCGAGGAUUGGCCUCAGGCCAUGAAGGAAUACGUGCAGCGCUGCUUCACCGCCUGCGAGUCCGAGGAGGCCAAGGACAGAACGGAGCAGCUGCUGAAGGAGGUGCUGCAGGCCAGGCUGCAGGAUGGCACUGCCUACACCAUCGACUGGAGCCGCGAGCCUCUGCCGGGGCUGAGCCGUGACGCCGACAGCCCCAAGAAGAAGCGCUGGGAGGGCCCCCCCCGGCCCCCCCCCAACUCUGGGUUGGCUCAAGGCCCCCCCCAGCAGCGCCCCAACCCCCCCCCGGGGGGCAGCUCGGCGUUGGGACCCCCGCAGCCCUCGGCUCGGGGCCGUGCUCGGGGCGGAAGCUUCGGCCCUACAAAGUUUGGGAACCGAAACGUCUUCAUGAAGGAGCACAGCUCCUCGUCCAGCGCCGGAUCCCGAUCCCGAUCCCGAUCCUCGUCCCGCUCACCCGGGAGGCACUUCAGAAGGAGCGAUUCCCAUUCUGACUCCGACAGUUCUUUGUCCGGCCCCGAAGUCAGGGUGGGAGCCCGGCAACGCCUCGGCCCCAAAAACAGGGGGGGGCGUGGGGGGCACGCGGAGAGGGGGAGGAUGAGGAUGCAGAGGGGGAAAAGGAUUGGGAUUGGGGGCUGGGCUCGCUGUGGGGCUGGGCUCACUGUGGGCUGCCCCACACAGGUGCUGCAGAAGUCGCUGUCGGUGGUGAAGGCCCACUGGAGGGAGCACCAGGACUACGCCUUCGCCUGCGAGCAGCUCAAGUCCAUCCGCCAGGACCUGACGGUUCAGGGCGUCCGCACGGAGCUCACGGUGGAGGUGUACGAAACGCACGCACGCAUCGCGCUGGAGAAGGGUGACCACGAGGAGUUCAACCAAUGCCAGACGCAGCUGAAGUCGUUGUAUGCUGAGAACCUGCCUGGCAACGUGGGGGAGUUCACAGCCUACCGGGUGCUGUACUACAUGUUCACCAGGAACUCGGGGGACCUGACCACGGAGCUGGCCUUCCUGACCCCGGCGCUGCGGGCGGACCCGGCGGUGUCCCACGCUCUGUCCCUUCGGGCUGCCUGGGCUCUGUGCAAUUAUCACCGUUUUUUCCGUCUCUAUCGUUCCGCCCCCCCCGUGGCCGCCCGCCUCAUCGACAAAUUCGCCGAGCGGGAGCGCCGGGCCGCCCUCAAAGCCAUGAUCAAAACUUUCCGCCCGGCGCUGCCCACCUCCUUCGUCGGGGCAGAGCUGGCGUUGGACGCUGAGAGCUGCUCGCAGUUCCUGGCCGCGCUGCCGCUCUGCUACUGCGGCCCAGACAGCAUUGACUGCAAACAGAGCCUGGGGGUCCUGCCCCAUUUCUNNNNCCCCCCAAUUCCCAGCCUGGGGCUCCUGCCCCACUUUUGA